CCGACACUGUAUUAAAAAACACCGACCUCACCUAAUUCCAGAAACCGGGCGGGGGCGAGAGGAGCCGGUAUUGAGCGCGCGCAUCCACCUAUCCACCCCCCUCCGCGAAAGAUUUUGGAGCGUUCCAGAAACGAGGAUCUCUCUCUCUCUCUCUCUCCCCACCCCACCGCGCGCGCCGCCUCCGCGUCUUGGCGGGGGCCACUUCCGCUUCCGUUCCUGGGACCAAGACCCUCGGCUGUUGCCGCUGCCGCCUUUGCUGCCAUGGUGAGGGAGUUGGGUGGGCGGGCGAGGGGGUGAGACGGUGGGUCUGGCUGACAGGGCCUGGCUGGGGCAGCGCGAGGCCCGCCGAAAGGGGAAGGGGAGGAGGGUUGUCCGUUGGCGGUAACCGGUCAGGGCAGGAGGGGAGGCGCUGCCGGGCCCGGGGAGGGAGUUAAGGGGGCUCCGAAGGGAAGCUUGGCGCUGAGGGGAGACGCCCAGGCCCGGCUGAAAAGGCCUCUUGCUGCCCAGAGGAGGAGGGGGGUGCGCGGUGACGUCACGGGCGGCGGUUUUAAAGGUGCGACCUAAAGGGGGACCUGUCGAAUCUGCUUCCUUGCAGACUGCCACCCUUCGCCCUUAUCUCAACGCUGUGCGCGCUACCCUGCAGGCCGCCCUGUGCCUGGAGAACUUCUCGUCCCAGGUGGUGGAGCGGCAUAACAAGCCGGAGGUGGAAGUCAGGUGGGUGUCGGUGGUGGUGGGUAUUGGGGGCGGGGAUGGGGCUGCAUAAUAAAUACUGCUUAAAAUAAUAAUGAGCUUUAUUUGGAGGGAGGGGAAAAGGUCUCCUUCGGCCUUGUCGGCACUCCCUGCUUUUUCUUUUCCGAUGGCUAUGAAUUGGUGUCGAUUGAUGAAUGGGUGUUUUUUUUUUUAAAAACCUUUAAUACUGGGGAUUAAAGCAAUGUGCGCGAAGCGAAAGGGCGGCUGAUGGAAACGGUCCUUCAAGGGCUCAUUGCGGGAAGCAGAGGCAGCAGAUGCAGGCAAAAGGCUGGGGGGUAAAAGCCGCAUACGGAAGUGCGGAAACCGAGGAGGUGGAGUCGAGGGAGAAUGAAUGGAAGGGCCUGAAGGUUGCCAUGGGGACUGAAAAGUUUCCACAUUGCAAUGCGCUCCAAAGUGAAAUGAUAGCUGUCAGGAUAGGUUGCUGGUGGAGAGAUGGUGUGCAUCUUAAUUCUGCUACCUUUCUCUCACCACCCAUUGUUCAAGGUUUCCCAUACCCUAAAUACUUUUUUAAAAAAAGAGUUCUACACUGUGGUAAUCUGUUUUAUCUGUUGUUCUUUGAAAUCUUAGAGUUUCAAUGUGUUUUGCUGACUUGUAAGCCACCUUUGAAGGGUACAGACCCUAAAAGAUAGGGCGGGAAAUCAAAUAAAUUAAAAAGGCUGCAAUCCCAUUUUUAAAAAAUAACUUUUAUUUUGUGGAACAUUUAAGGCUGCAGUCCUAACCUCAUUUACUAGGGAGUAAGCAUUACUGAAUUAAGUAGAACUUAUUUAUGAGUAGUCCUCGUGUGUGCUGUUAAUUGGUCAGCACAAAAGCUCUUCUUGGUUUUCCAGGGGCUUGCAAUUUUAGAUUCAUUUUUUUGCUGUUUGUAUUUUCUCCCCGCUGUCAUGACACUAGUGCCCUCUACCUUCUCAUUUCUUGACUUCUGCUUAUUAUUCCCCUUCAUCGUAUCAUAUUUUUGUGACUUACAAUAACCUUCUUCUUAAUUUCCGUGGCCCAAGUAUCUGACCACCAUGCUAUGGAUAGUGUUGAUCAGUUGGUGAUUAUUAUUAUAUCUUUUGUUUUAUUUUUGUCUUGUUCCUAUUCUGCAUGUCAACUGUCAUGCCACUGCUUCAUUCCAUUCCAUAAGUGGACCAUGGUGACUGCAGUUACACAAAUUCAGUCUUCCAUAUAUACUGUUCCUCAUACUUUUUGAAAUUGUGGCUGGCCCGCUUUGAUUCAAAGAGCUAUGCAUGGACUGCAGCAUUCAGAUAUCACCAUUCCUUCUACAUCCUCUUGGGUGCUCUAACCAAAGACUUCCCUAACCUCCUGGGUCAUCUCUGAAUAAGUAGCCACAGGCUUGUCUUGACUUCCUUUUUGUACUGUCUUGGGCGGGGAGCAAAAGAAAGAUGGCCGUAUGAAGAGCAGUAGCAAGGAAAGGAACAUUUUGCCAUCUCCCUGUAGUUCCUCAGCUGGAAAGUCUGGUUAGCAGCUGAGGGGAAACUGCAGCUGCUUAGAUACUCAUGGUAAACAGACAGUCCUUCCUGCCCUCCCACUUGAGGGUUUUCCUUGGCUAAGAGGGGGCCUCGCCCAGGAAUCAUUCUGGUAGAAAUCAGUGGAAUAAAUGCCACUCUACUGACUUGUAUUAAGUAUGGGAAAGAGGUGGCAUGGCCACCAACGAGUGAGGCCUAUGCUUGCUCUCUGCUUGCCUCCUCCUGCUGUUUAUUCCCUCCCCACUGCCAUAAAAUCUAUGUGAAAGUGUGUAAAGGGAGCCAUCUAAUUCUGAGCAUUAAGAGUCCCUGCAGAUAUUUCCCUAGUCAAAAUGUUACUGAAUUAUGUGAGUACAGUAAUCAGUUUAGAGAAAUAUUUGAACAAGGUCUUAGCUGUGAAACAAAUGGAUAAUCUUACAUUUGCUCAGAAGGCAAAUAUGACUAAUGCAUCAUGGUUCAUAUGGGUGCAUUAGUUGGCCUGAAAUAUACAGGUGUAAAAUCAAUACAUUUUAUUGUGCCUGUCUUGCAAGCUCCUGGUCCUCAUUCUUAUGUCCCUAUCUUUAGAACAAUUGUAUUCUGUGUGUUGUAUGUACGGUAGUUUACAUCAGUACUCUGCAGAAAGGUACUGCGGUGGUGUUAGACGUCUGGCUGAACCUCACCUUGCAGAAAGGGGUUUGCAUGGACUUGGUACAGAUAGAGUAAGGAACCUCCACAUUCCUAGACUAUCUCUAUGUCUUUGACUUCUAAGUUGACCUCUCUAUCCUUUGAAGUCUAGACUGCUUAGACUGCAUUCUCUUCAACUUCCAUCUCAUAUUCCCCGUUCAAGAUGAGAUGUCAUCUUGGAUCUAUCCUCUGAGAACAAAAGAGCAAGCAUGGCUGCCUUUGUGUUCUCUACAGUCUAGAAUGAUCACUUAACUUGGAUAGAAGAGUUUCUCUUUCUAAGUUAUGUAACUCCUGUAAUAAAUUAUUUUAUUGUUUUUACUCUACAAAUACUUCUUGCAUGUGUGGGAUUGCAACAAGUAAGAUCUACUUUCUAACUAGAAUCACAAACUACACUCCACAUACCAAAUUUCAAUAGGUGGGCUGUGGCAGUGAGUCUAUACUGGAUAAACAGGAUUGAUAUGUGGUGACCCCUGUCCCAACGCUCUUGUCUGCUGGACCGCCCUUUUGCACUCUGAGUUAAUGGAUUUCUCGUCCCUUUUAGAAAUACUGGGAUGGCAAUUGAGUUUAGGUACAUGGUUCUACUCUCCCACUGCUUCUUACUGAAUCCAAUAUCUUCUGUGUGAGCUAAAGUGCAGUUACACAAGAGGAAGUGCUUGUGGUCUGACUAAUGCCAGAAAGGCAUUUGCCCACAACUGCCAGACUUGGACCUUCUUCGGUCUUCUGGCAGACUAGCUGCAGGAGCAAAUUCUAGAGCUGCCUGGCUCAUAGACAUUGGAUUGCUCACAAAAGGAACAAGAUGGUUUAGUAGGUCAAAAGUCUCCCCAAAAGUUGGAAAGUGGAUAUGAUGGAACUUGGAGAGGCACUUCUAAUGAUGUUUUGUGUAAAGUGUCUUAGCAACUCCCUCUGAUUGUGCUCAUUUGCAUGUUCUACCUCAAUUCCUCUGGUCAAGUAGUUGAAUGAAUCCCUUGUACAGGGUCCUCAGGACAGUGAUUGUCAGUGUACAGCUCUGUAUCUGGGAUGUACCUUACCCAGAACAGCUAUCGCAUGGCUGAGUUAUCAUAUAUCAGCUGCUGGUGGGACAGGCAUCAGAGGGCAGAUUGCAGCCAGCAGGCCAUACAUUAUUUACAUCUGCCAGGCGAAGGUAUAUGCGCUGGAAGCUAACUUAACACUGAUGUCUUGGUCCAAAGAAGAAUUGUUUAUAUGAUUUCUUACUCACCGUGAAGUCCCAAAUUAAAAAGACAAUGUUAAACAUAUUUAAAACAACUAACAAUCAUUACAGUAGCGUGGACUCUAAAAAAUGUGUCUCAGAUGUCAAAUGGCUUAGGGUAAAGAGGUGUGCCAUCAGCAUAUGAUGAUAACAGUACAAUUAGGGUGCCAGAUGCACCUCUGUGGAGAAGGAAUUCCACAACUUUUGGGCACCGCCUCCUGAAUUUUAAAAAGCGGUGAAAACUUGCAGAGCUUGCAUUUAGGAAUACAAGUUCAAUGGUUGGGGAGAGGAGAGAACAUUGGAUUGCGCUAUGGCUGGAAUCCUUCCGAAGGAGAGACAACAUGUGCCUCUCCGUGGUCCCUGACAUAGAUUUGUCUCUGUGGGUUUGCAGAAGCAGCAAGGAGUUACUGCUGCAGCCAGUGAUCAUCAGCAGGAAUGAGAAAGAAAAGGUCCUAAUUGAAGGGUCAAUCAACUCUGUGCGAGUCAGCAUUGCAGUGAAGCAGGUAAGCCAAGCAUGGAUGGGAGAUGAGGGGUGGGGUGGUCAUUGCAACCCAACCUGAAAAACGCUAAUGGCUGUCGCUUUUUCCUUCUGCAGGCCGAUGAGAUUGAGAAGAUCCUGUGUCACAAAUUUAUGCGCUUCAUGAUGAUGAGAGCAGAGAACUUCUUCAUUUUACGUCGGAAACCAGUUGAGGUAAGGAGACUUGACCCAGGGUCAGUGGCAUGCUACAAAGGGGUUCUUCUGUUGUCUCUUAGCCAAAGCAACAGCAUGUGACACAGGCCAUUUCUUUGACAGCUGUUGUGGCAUAUCCCACACCUCACUGCUCUCAGUAAUGUGAAGCUCUCUCAGGAGAUAAGAUGUCUGACUGAGUGGCUUUUAUUUUCAAAAUGUUGCUUGACUGCCAACAUCUUCCACAGUAGUAUUAACAGUGACGAUGGCUAACAGUGAGCUUGCCCCUUGCAGCAUUGGUAUGACUCAAAAAAGGGUGUGGUUUCAGCCCUGUGUUGCGCUUGGUCGCUAGAGUCCAAAUGACUGAGUUGAUGUGAAUACCAAAGCCUUGAUCUGCAUUUUCUUACAGGAGAUAUGCAUGUGUGUGCUCCUAUACACUGAUGGAUGUUAAAAUGGCUGCCUCCAUAACUGGUGUUGCAGUAUCGGCAGACAACAGGGGUUAGGGCCAUUACUCCAGUGUGGUCUGUGUGUUCUCCUGAUUCUUCUCAGCUGCUGGAUUUAUUAUCAUAGAAUCUCAGAAUUGUAGAGUAGGAAGGGACCCCGAGGGCCAUCCAGUCCAACCUUCUGCAAUGCAAAAAUCUCAACUAAAACAUCCAUGACAGAUGACCAUCCAACUUCUGCUUAAAAUCAUCUAAUGAAGGAGAGUCCACCACCUUCCAAGAGUGUCCAUUCCACUGCUGAAUAGCUCUUAACUUCAGAAAGUUCUUCCUAAUGUUUAGUUGGAUUCUCCUUUCUUGUAAUUUGAAUCCAUUGGUUUGAGUCCUACCCUCCAGAGCUGGAGAAAACACAGGCGACAGCCCUUUAGAUAUUUGAAGAUGGCUAUCAUAUCUCCCCUCAGUCUCCUCUUGUUUAUGCUAAACAUAUGAAACUCCUUCAACUGUUCCUCAUAAGGCUUGGCUUUAUUGACUGGGUGGUUAGUAUAGCUAGUUCUCACUGUUAUAUGUAGCCAAGCCCACUACAUAUAUCUGCAAACUGUUUAUGGAAGGGAGAAAAAAGCAGGAUAAUUCCUUUCUCCCCAUGCUGAGUUGGUGUCAGAGUGAGUAGGAGGUGUGAUUGUUGAAUCUUUGCUUAAUAGAUGCUAAUUACAUGCUGCUUUCCUUUUAUCCCAGGGCUAUGACAUUAGCUUCCUGAUUACAAACUUCCAUACAGAGCAGAUGUACAAGCACAAGCUGGUGGACUUUGUCAUUCAUUUCAUGGAGGAAAUUGACAAGGAAAUCAGCGAGAUGAAGCUGUCUGUCAAUGCCAGAGCUCGCAUUGUGGCAGAAGAGUUCCUGAAGAAUGUAAGGGUCUGUUAGGCAGAAGUGAAACAAAAAUGGUAUGCCAAAAUUCACCAGUGGUUUGUGGGAGCUUGGUUGGUAAGUCAUGUGACUGCCAGCGCCAUCUGUAGAAGAGCAAUGCCUUCUAAACAAAAAACAAAAUUGCGUACAUUUUUUCAUGUAGCAAGGCACCUUGAGCAUGGUUUUAACUAUGGAAAGCCAGCAUAUGACUAAAAUGUUGUAUGCAUGUAAAAUUGUUUAGAGAUGAAAAUGAAGAACUUUAUCACAAGUGUUUAUGAAGUGUUUUUUAGAAACAGCGGGAAGCCUAUGUGAUACAAAAUUGUCUGUGGGCAUAUAUCAGGGUUCAGAUAUCUUCUUGACUAUAUACAGUUCAUCACAUAGCCUUGAGUAGUAGUAAUUGCUCCUUACAUUUGUUUGUUACUUGGGAGCACAAAGCCCUCGGUAUGGACUGUUCCAAUGGGAAUCAAAUAGCAGCUUGUUUGGAUUCUAAGUUCCAAGAGAAGUGAUCUGAAUUACCUGUUACAUGCUGCUAAUAGCAAUGAAAAUGCAAACAAGCCCUUGGAGGUGAUAGCAAAAAGGUUGGUAGCAACCUCUUCCAGAUGUCUUCCCUUGUAAAGUUCUCGCUAGAGAAGUGAACCGUUCCAGGGUGUUGCAGUGUUUGUGUCAUUUUGGUUCAUUUAAUAUUUGUGACACUUCUGUAUCUACAAAGUUGAUUUUAAUAUGCCACAAGACAAGGCUUAAGGUUUAGUAUUAGUGUACAAAGCCCUUAACACUGCCUUCCCUAACCUAUGGCCCUCCAGAUGGUGUUGGACUACAACUCCCUUCAUCCUUAAACAUUGAUCAUGCCGUCUGGGCUGAUGGGAGUUGGAGUCCUAAACAUCUGGAGAGCACCAGGUUGGGAAAGGCUGCCUUAACGUCUUAGGAAACCUGAGAACGAAAGUGCCUUAUCUCCUAUAUAACAGUGGCCACCUCAGUCAUCGGAGAAGGUGCUUCUUACAGGGCCACAUGCCCCUGAGGUGACCUGGGGCCACUGGUUAUUAAUACAUUUUGUUUCUUUUUUGUACGUUGCUUUGAGAUUCUUUUUGAAUAUAAAGAGAUUUAAGAAAUUUUCUAAAUACAGUAAGUUUUCUCAGUAUUUCACAAACUUAAAAUUUGAGUGUUGUCAAAAUUCUAAAAUAUCUGUACAAUAUGACAUGGAAACCAGCUAAAAUGCACUAAAGGGCCCAAGGACAUAAAGACUUCACUUAGCCCUGAAAACACCAUAAUUUAGGCACAAGGCGAGCCUUUUUGGGAUAGGUAUUCCACAGUAAGGGCACCAACACUGAAAAGGCCCUUUUCUAGCCCAUGUAUGCGAGUGUUAAUAGUGUGUGCCUCUGAGAAGCUGUAUUAAUCAAUUUGAGUAAAGCAACUUUGAAUUAAUUGACUUCUCUUUCUCUCUUUCCCCCCACAGUUCUAGACUAAGGGCUGGAAUCCACAGCUUGGCUUUCUCAUUCUCUCUGCACAGCCACCUUGCUGCGGCUUCAGAGAGGGCCACAGUUUGGGAGCAAGAUGAGAAGCAGCCAGACCUGCGGGGGCUGUCCCAGCUAAAUGUACACCAUGCUCGCCAGCGUGCCCAGGGGAGGGGAGGGUGCUUUUUUAAAUAAUUUUGGAACAAAACUGUGCUUGUUUAAGACUGUGUCAACUUGAUAUCCUUUUUUUUUUUUUUUUAAUGACUGAUACUUGCUGUUAUUUGUCUACUUGAGUCUCUUAGUGGCCGAGGCCUUGUGGGGGGGGGGGGGGAAGGAUCGACUGUUCCAGCAGCCCUCAGAAAGAGUUGUUGCGGGAGUUCAUCUCAGUGCUGUGCAUGCAAAAAAACACCUCUGACAGAUAACACACAAAAGCUGCCUUUCUCUAUAAGGUUUGGCCCCAGUAAAUGAGGCCUGAAGCAUCUCUUUGGACAAACUGGCAGCCUGUCUUGGAACAUACAAGGGUACAAGAUGUGACUACCUUGGUCCGCCUCCCAAACAGAAUCAUGAGUUUGCAGGCAAGCCAGGUGCUGAAGAUGGCAAUCCUCCCCUGUGCCAAGUCAUUCCCAUUCUCUAGAGAGAUCGCCCUCUCUGUAGCCCACUUUCCCUUACUCCCACAGCAAUCGGAGCAUUCUGAGCACAGCACUGCCUCCUGUUCAUUCCCUUUCUAUUCCCUUCCACAUCUGUGCCAGAGGGAGCUGUGAUGGGAGGGGCCAGGCCAUGCGUCAGCAAAACGCGACGGAGCUGGAAUCUGUAACUCUUGGUUCUUUUUGCUAUGGCACUUGCUGUAACUUUCUUACUCUGGGACCUUCCCUAUUAAAGCCUUUUUUUUCCUUCUUGCCUCCUGAAGUUAA